GCUUCCCAAUCUCUCUCUCUCUCUGGAAAAACCAAAUAGGAAGAAGAAAAAAGGGGGAAAUUGGGGAAAAGAAAAAUCAGAAUGGGUUCAUCGUCAAAGGCGGGGAAUAAAGGAGGGAGGAAGAUGAAGAAGGAGAAGGAGAUUAGCGAUCAGACCCUCACUCUCCGCCGCCGUCUCCAUGAAGCCCUCUCUCUUGGCAUUAGGCAGAUUGAGAACAAAGGAAGAAGAUGGCGGUGCACUGAUGCUGAGAUACAGUCACAUUCUCUUCGAGCCAUUUCUGCGUUCAUUAAAUGUAUGCCUUCUGUUCCAUUACAACAUUCUCUUAUAAAGGAAUCUGUCCCAGAUAUGCUGCUAGCCUUAGGAGGGAUACUUCAGUCAGAAAAUGAGAGCAUCUUGUGCCUAGCAGUAGAUCUGACGAUGGAAUUAGUUUGCAGUUUAGGGAAAUCCAUAUGCCAGUAUCACGUGCUAGAUAUCCUUAUGUCCUUGUCAUGCUUGUUGCCAACAUAUAAAGUAUCUGUUGUGGUUUCAUGUGCAACUGCACUGAAUCGCAUAUUGACAAACCUAGGGGCAAUGAGUUACCAAUACAGUGAGGAAGUUUGUGAAGUGAUUGUGAAAACUAAUUUGGUUCGCAGUGUUAUCUGUGUUAUGCAAGGUUAUGGAGAUGGAAGUCAACCAGUUGAAUACUUCUCAGAGACGGCAUGCCUUCUUAAGACAAUAAUUUGGAGGUGGCCGUCCUUUAGGUAUCAUGUUUGGAGUAAUUCUAAAUUGAUGGACGUACUGCAAGGGAUUAGUGCUAGAAAUGACACUUUAAAUACUCGUAGAGUUCUACAAUUAUGUUCUGCUCUAGCUCUUUGUGGUAAUGGAGCGAGGAAGAUUUUAGAAAAUGAGGAGCUUGUUUCCAAGAUUGUAGGAUGCACAGGAACUUCACAUUUAGACAGUGUCAGACUUGAGGCUCUAAAACUUUGCCAGCACCUGACGAGGUCUGCAGAAGUAUCUUCUCUGCUGACUGAUUCGUACUCUGAGCAGAUUGUUCAAGGAAUUAUCGGUGCAUUGGGUGGAUGGAGAUCAUGUUCCAAAAUUGUUCCUACUGAUCAGAUACCUUUAGUGAUGGAGGCAUUUCGUGCUGCAUUGAUAACUCGUUGGGCUGGGAAUCAUCAUUUUUUUUUCUGGAGCAAUGAGAUUGAUAGAGCCCUUCUUGAUAAUCUUAUUGGUAACUGUAGCAGAAGCGACCAAACUCGAGGAAUGGUUUUAUGUGAUGAACUAAUAGCUAAAGUGUAUGAUAACAUUACAAACACAAGACCAUUCAUAUGGGAUAUUCUUGGGUGGCUUGCAGCAUACUGCGAGGAAGAUUUUGUCCCUAAAACUACAGGGAAACUUUGUUGUCUAGAUGUUCUUAUUUUCUGUGCAUGUGCAGUGGCCAAGGAUUUGAUGCUUAAAAGGCGGAGUUCCUUUUCUCCUGAUAUUUCUGAGGCUGAACCUGUAGCUAGGGCGGUUCUGAUGCUGGUCACGUCACCCUCAAGGUACAUUGCAUUAAAAUCAAAAUCUUGGCUCUUUGAGAUGGCCAGACCUUAUGGCAAUGAUGGUUUAGAGAGUUUUCUGCUCUUCCUAAAGCUAAUUGCUGGUGGAGAUGUCCCUCUGGUGUCCGACAAUCUUCAAACUGCAAUAAAUCUUAUAGGCUUCGCUUGCUAUUCAGCUUUACCUGAUUUUCAGAAGACGAUUGUCAAGAAGAAAGGUUUGCAAAUGAUAUCUGACAUUAUAGAAAGAUGUUUGAAAAGUGAUAUACAUGUUAGUCGCUCUACCAUUGUUUCUCAUCUACGUAGCAUUCCAGAAGAAAAAACAUGCUGCUGGAAUCAUGUAGGAGACUGGGAAGGUGGAGAUGUUAUUUUAUUUUACUGUCUCCAAGCUCUUUCUCAGUUGAUAUCGUUCUCAAUGUUAGAGUGCAAUCAGCAUGAGAUAACUUCAGAGGAGGUUGUUGUCUCUGAUGCUGAUGGUCUGGUUGAGAAGCUUCAGUUCAUAUUGCAUAGCAACUCUAGCCAGGGACCGAAGCGGUAUGCUGCUUACAUCUUAAGCUUCUUUGGUUCCUUUGGCACCCAAAGCAAGCUUGGACAAAAGAUGGAGAGAGCUCUUAAUGAGAACGAGCUAGCUGACUUGCAAUUUGUGUUAUCAAAUGGUCAAUCUUUGAGGGUUCAUAGUGUCAUUCUCUGGGCUAGGUGUCCAGAUCUGCUUCCCAAAGAAACUUCUUUGAAGGAUGAGCAAGAGUCUGAACAGAACCCAAGAACAAGGCAGGAAGUUCGCAUGUCUGAUCGGGUGGACUACUAUUCACUUAUAAAGAUUCUUGAGUAUACUUAUACUGGGUUUCUCCGAUUAGAAGAAGAUCAUCUGAAGCCCUUAAAAAUUCUUGCAAACUGCUGUCGUUUGAAGUCUCUAUCGCUUAUGCUUCAUCGGAAAUUGCCAACAUGGGGUUCUUCCAGUCCAAGUUGUGAUUUCACUAAAGCACUUGAACCCACUGAAAGUUCAUGUUUUGACAUCAUCUUGGAAGCAGAGGGGAGCGGAGGGGCCUGGGAUUGUAGUAUAUGCCAGUUAUCAAGGCCACACGUCCAUGCUCACAAAAUUAUAUUGUGGGCCAAUUGCAAUUAUCUACAGGCAUUGUUCCGGUCAGGAAUGCAUGAGAGUUACUCACAGAUCAUCAAGGUUCCUGUUGGUUGGAUUGCUCUGACCAAACUAGUUAACUAUUUCUAUUCGGGGAAGCUACUAAGGAUUGAAACCGACUGCACGUGGAAGAAUAUGGACAAAAAUCAGCAAUUGUUGCAACUUCAGGCCUAUGUAGAACUUUCUUCGUUGGCUGAAUUCUGGCUCUUAGAAGAAGUUGGAGAUGAGAGCUUAGAUAUUAUUUUCUCAUGCCUGGAAGCAGACCAGAAAAUAUCAGCUGAUAUCAUUCAUUAUGCAGCCAAACUCAGCCAAUGGAAAAUAGUUGAAGUGGGUGUGAGUAGCAUUGCCCAUCUAUAUCCCAAGAUGCGCCAUGCCGGAGAUCUCGAAAAGCUCAGUGAGGAAGUGGUUGAGAUGUUGAGAACUGAAUAUGUUCGGUAUUCGCAAAAGGGAUCUUGAGAGGGUUUGUAGAUUCCGGAGAUAAAUCUUUAGAGAAGUUGCCUACUUUAAAGUCAUCACAUACUGAAGUCCCUCAAGCUGGGGAAGUGUACCUCUGGUUUUUCCAUACAAGCUAUGUAAUUAGUAUCAUGUAAACUUUUUGUGCAUUUGUUUGCUUGAAACCUUAUCGUAUCAGAAACAAAUUAAAGUGCUACAAAAUGUAAUUAAGGAGCGUGAAACAUUCUUUACUUGAUACAAAUCUUGCAUUUUUCUUUUCUUUCUUUCCUUUU